AUGGAACAGAAUGGGCCCGCCGUGCAGGUCAUCGUUAAUGGCUAUCCCCAGUCGCAGCACGCUCAUGCACCGAAUAUGUCACUGUCGAACCGAUCUCGACCGCUGUCGGUCGAUGAGGCGCUGCAGUACUCUUCCAUGUCCAGCGCGCCUGUCUUUGGUCUUGAUUGCAUCAUACGCCCUGAUGUUGGCCGGCCAUCAACCACUACCUCGAUCAACCAUGUCCUUCAAGCGGGCCGCAAUACAUUGAGUGAGCUGGACGCGGAGAUCCAGUCCGGACAGGACGAGUCCAGUCGCUUGGAAACAUCCCGUGAAUACCUUCAGCAAUUGUUGGAUGGCGACCAGUUAACUGAAUUCAAAUUCAAGCUCCCCACUGCCUUUAACCGCAGCCAAACCUCGCAAUCGACUGUCCCCGAUGGCCGUCCCUUUGGUCGCAAUCAACUCGGUUCCUUUGCCAAAAUGAUGCUCGACUCUACAGAUAUAGCCUUUCGAUAUCCUGAAGUAUCGUCUCCAACGACCGCCCUUAAAGUUACUCCCAAAAUCAACUCCAGUACGCCAAAGGCCAGACCAAAAGCCACCGAAAAGGUCAAAUCGGAGCCAAAAGAAGCCGUGAGGGACACCGCUGCCGCGUGGAAUCAGCAGGCAGUUGCUUCGAACACGUCAAUCUACACCUCAAACCAAUUGAGUGCACCGACACAACCGUCUCAACCGCCUCAACCGAUUCAACGCUCGUCCAGCCAAUUAUCUGUGGUUAUACCAGUGAAACCAUCGCCUUCAAAACCCACAUUCUCUGAGCAGAACCUGGAAGUGAACCCGUUAAGGCCAAAGGUUGUUAUAGACCCGGAGGGAUCUAUGAGUGCAAUUCGCCUCAGAGACCAAAAGGCGGAGGCUGAUGAUGCCCUGCUGAAGCUGCAAGACCUUCUCCAUGAGAUACUUGAAGCAGAAGAUGAGAUUGAGCUUGAACAAGCAAUUGCUCCAUCUGCCGACAGACCGAAUCCGAUCUUCGUGAGCGCAAGAUCGUUGGACGUGCAUGGUGCGCUCUUGUCUACUGACGCACAUAACCGUCUGCAAAAGGCCAUCCGAAAAGUGGUUGGAUUUGAUCGUCUGCAGGACAUUCCAUCAGAUUACCUCACUCGGAUACAAAAGCUUUGUGAAAAACCCAUCAUUGCAUCUCAAGCGCCAGAUUUGAGACUCAAUGACUCAUCCAGUGAAACAGAGGUGCAGGAGUGGGUGGCAAAAAUCGAGGAUAUCCAGAAUGCAUUGCUUGCAAUUGGAACUCUCUUACAGACAAUGUCGGGGCGUCGGACGGAGCGGGAUCUCUGUCCAGAAGAUCUUAUUGAAGCUAUCCCGACUGUUCUGAACCAGGUCUUUGACCAUUGCAUCAUCCCUGCCGUGGAAUGUCGCUCCGGUGGCAAAGAUAGUGGAUUGUUCGCAUUCUUCUCGAGCCAGAAGCGUAUCAUUGCAAGCUUGAUACACCAAGGCAAAAAAGCUCUGACCUUGUUCGCCGAUUUCUUAUCGCGCAUCGAUGUCUCUGAAGGGACCAUCACUGCUGCUGAGUUCUUUGCGACCAAGCUGAUAUUUGUUGAAAAUGCGCACAACGACAAGGACUCUGCGGUCGGGUUCCAAAAAUAUGAACCAGCCAGACGUGCCGUAAUGGAUGUGCUUGCAAAGAUCUUUUCUAAAUACCCGGACCAGCGACCCUUCAUCCUGGAUGAAAUCUUGAUCUCAUUGGAGAAGCUUCCCUCCACACGUCAAAGUGCCAGACAAUUUAAACUUGCAGACGGCAAGAAUAUACAGCUUCUUACUGCACUAGUGCUCCAGCUCGUGCAAACAACUGCCCUAGAAACACCUUCACGUUCCAAAGCCAAACGUCGAUUUCAAGGCGAUGACGAUGAUGAAUUGAUGGGUGACGGCGACGGUGUAAAGAAAGGUGGAUGGGAUGAUGAAAAUGAUGACGACGAAGUAGACGAGUCUUUGGAGCGCCUAGCGACCAAAGUUAACCGACUAUAUGACAAUGCAGUGCGCAGUGCGCAAUACAUUGUGAAGUUCAUAGUCCAGCGAGCAAUGACCUCCACCAAGAGCGGCGAUCAGCCGUUCCGAAACAUCCUUGACUUGUUCACUGAAGACUUAAUCAACGUCCUCGGGUCGACCGAUUGGCCCGCUGCUGAGCUGCUUCUUCGAAUCAUGGCAUCACACAUGGUCGGUAUUGCAGACCUUGACAAGAGCCCAGCAACAGCAAAGAGCAUGGCCCUGGAGCUUCUGGGGUGGAUGGGAUCCGCAAUCUCCGAUCUGAUCGCUACUGCGCAACACAUGCUGCCUGCCCUGGAGGACUCAGACAGCGAUCUUACCGACCUCCUCAAGCACCAGUUCGAGGAGUCCUCCUCCAGAGCCUUGCAUCCACGGGAUCUAAUCACCUCUCGAGGCCCAUACAGGAUGGCCCUGGAGUAUCUGUCGCAGGACCGAAGUUCUGACAAUUGGCAACUAACCAGUGCACGAGGUUACUAUCUCGCGCAAUGGGCAAAGACAGUCUGCAUGCUCUAUUAUAAUCCUGAAGACAAAGAGAUGUUGGCACAUGAUGACCUGACGGAUGAGCUACUGAUUCUUCUGUCACGAUCGUUCUCUGAUCCACGUUGGCUGGAGACUCACAGGCAAUUUGACACCAUCUCCAAUGCUCACGGGCGAUUUGCGUACAUUUUAACCGUUUUGAACUCAAGUUUUGGCAAGGCUUUUGACACCAUUCUCAAAGUUUUGCUAAACUCUAUUGCAAGCGAGCAGGCCAAAGUUCGCAGCCGAAGUUUGAAGAGUGUCAUCUACAUGCUCGAGAAAGACCCCAACCUGCUUGACAGAGAUGCUUCUGUUAUGCGAGUGAUUCUUCGCUGCACCACCGAUGCUUCACCUAUGGUUCGAGAUUCUGCGUUAUCUCUUAUCGCCAAAUGUAUUGGGCUCAAACCAAAGCUCGAAGAAGAAGGCUGUCGCUGUAUUCUUGCGUGCGCAACUGACCAGACCGCUGGUGUUCGUAAACGGUGCAUUGGGUUGCUGAAAGAACUUUACCACAAAACCUCUCGGCAGGAUUUGAAGUUGGCCAUCCUUGAUAGCUUUCUUCAACGUACUGGUGAUCUGGAGGAAAGCGUUGCAACCUUGGCUCGGCAGACCUUCGAGGAAAUUUGGCUGGUUCCAUUCCACGAAUCCAUUAAUUCGACUUCUGAUGCCCCAAAACUCAAAAUGGCACUUGGAGAGCAAGUUGGGCUCAUUGUUAGUCUCGUCCAGCGUAGCGAGACUGCCCUUGAUUCACUGAGCACUUGUCUCAAGGCCGUUCUUUCGGAAAAGUCCAAGUCGGCAGAUAUGAAUUUCAAAGUGUGCAAAACUAUGGUUUCCAUCAUGUUCCAACGCCUCGUUGAGGAUGCGGAUGCGCUUGGCAAAGAAUCUCAACAGGCACUCUUGCAAACGAUAACCGUGUUCGCCAAGUCCAAUGCAAAGUUGUUCAGCUCAGAUCAGCUGGAGGCUUUGCACCCCUACAUUGGCCACCUCGCAACCGCAGAUGAUCUUUUCAUCUUCCGUUCCGUUGUGGUCAUCUAUCGCUGUGUCUUGCCCUACAUGUCGACAUCCCACAAUACUCUUUUGAAGGAGGUACAGAAUGACCUCUUUAAGAGUGUGGCCAAGUUGGCUCGCUCAGAGCUAAAUGAGGUCAUGGCAUGUCUGUGGACCAUCAAUGGCGUUCUACAGAAUACUGACAGACUGGUGAAGCUGACUGUGUCUGUACUCAAACCGUUGCAGCAAUACAAGAGCGUCGAUGUGGGAUCGGCUACUAAUGCUGCUAUUCUGGCUCGAGCGAAGAGCUAUAUUCGAAUUGCUGGUUGUGUUGGACGCCACUGUGAUCUUGAAAAGUAUGUCAAUCAUUUCAAGAACUCAUUCCCUACGUGGAAUGGCGGCGAUGUGGCUGGUUUGAUGGUCGAUUCUAUUCUUCCUUUCACCUAUCACAAUCAACCCUUGGAGCUGAGAGUUAUGGCCCUUGAGAGUUUAGGUUCCAUCUGCCAAUCCUGGCCAGCACAGUUCGGUCGUGAGCCUACGCGCAAGACCUUUGCGCAGGUAUUUAGGGAAGAGAGCCCGAGCUUGCACAAUAUCGUGCUUCGCUCAUUUGCAGAUUUCUUCGCCAUUCACGAGGGGAAGUCCGAAAAGUCGGUUAUGCCGACCUCAGAUAUGGGCUCUCAAGAGGACUCUACUCGACUUGGAGGAUCGCUCAAGGCUAGCGAUAACGAUGGUGCCGCUGCCUUGAUCGCCCAGCACUUCCUCAAAAACAUGCUGAAGAUAGCACAGUCAAGACAGGAUACAUAUUCCCUCACCGCUAUUGAACUCAUUGCAAGCAUCAACCGACAAGGAUUGGUACACCCUAAAGAGUGCGCUGGUGUUCUUGUCUCUCUGGAGACAUCGACGAUACCUGCCAUCGCCAAGAUCGCAUUUGACACCCACAAGAUGCUCCAUUCCCAGUAUGAAUCAAUGUUCGAGCGAGAAUACAUGCGCGCCGUGCAGGAGGCCUUUUACUACCAAAAAAAUGUUGUCGGUGACUCUACAGGUGCAUAUGCUCGGCCUUAUGUCUCAAAGCUUGCUCCAUUGUUCGAAAUCGUCAAGAUCAGCAAUAGCCGGUACCAGAAGAAGUUUCUCUCUAACCUUUGUGGCAAGGUCAACUUUGAAUUGAAGAAACUUAACUCCAAUGGGGAUCCACCAGAACAUCUCUUACUGACAAGAUUCAUUGCUCAAAAUCUUGCUCACUUCGAUUAUGGCCAGUUAGCUGAACUGGUACCCACUAUUCUGGUCCUGGAACGCAUCGUCUCGUCGACUGGCACUGUUGUUGCCCAUGCCAUCGAAACGGACAUUUUUCCUAGUCCUAUUGGUCCUCCUAUGAUCGAGACUCCAGGCGGCAUGAUGGAGAUGGCUCCAGCCGUGCCAAUGCUCUCCACCAUACCCCAGCCCGUCAACCCUGCUGCCCUGCGAUCGCUUGCUACCGCUGCUGCAUCGCUUUCCAUGCUGUGGGAAGCACGGACAUUCUUACGCCGUCUUUAUGGAGUUCCCUCCCAUGGUAAAGACGGCAAACCCGUGACCAAGGAGCUCAAUAAGACUGCCUCGAAGGUGCAUGGGGUGACUGGUGACAAGCUCUGGGAUGCCAUUGCGAGAAACAUGAAUUCGCUGAAUAGCGAGGACGACAUGCUGAGAAAAUGCCGAGAGUUCUCUACUUUGCUCGCCAUCGACGAGGAAUUCAAGGUAGAUCGGGAUGAUGAUGCUGAAGGAGAUCCCGAUGCUACGGGGGAUGUUGAUGACUUGGACGGUGUCGCUUCUGGGCCUCGUCCGAUGAAACGAAAAAGCUCCGUCUCAAGUACGAGCGUUAGUAAGCGUCCCAAGAGCCGCAAAGGCUCUGUUGGGAAGAAACGAUCCAGCAUUGAUCCCGAUGAUUGGGACUAG